UAGAAUUAUUGAUAUAAACUUUAAGCAGAUUUUGGUAGAAUUAAAACGAGUAACUGGUAGAAUGUUCAAUUAAAAUCUGGUAACACUGACCCAAAACAGACUCCCAAACCGCUAAUAGUAAAUAAACAUAGUUUAUAGGUUAAGAUAUAAUACUAAAACACUUAAUUACACACUAUGUAUCUCGUGUUCUUUUCUGUAACCCGAAUUAAAAAAUGAGGAUUGAUUGUAUGUAACAGUUAUAAAGGAAAUGAAAAAAUAGUUUGGUGCAUUCAAACAAAUAUAUAAAUAUUUAGGCUAGUAUUAAGAAAGAAAAUUUCAAAAUGAAACUGUAUUGCCUGAGCAGCGAUGCGGCCAAGCCAUGCUUCGUGCUGUCAUUCAAAGAGCUGAUGAUAAUGUUGGACUGUGGGCUGUCAGCACAGUCGGUGCUCAACUUCCUGCCGCUGCCGCCGGUGCCCAGCACACGGCUGGCUGCGCUGCCUGCUUACACACCGCCCCACCUCAAUGACCCUCUGCUUGAAGGGGAAUUAAAGGAAUGUUGCGGGCGGGUGUUCGUAGACAGCAUCCCCGAGUUCUGUCCCCCGCUGGACAAAGUGGUGGACUUCUCGCAAUUGGAUGUGGUGCUCAUCUCCAACUACACCUGCAUGAUGGCGCUGCCCUUCAUCACCGAGGACACCGGCUUCAAGGGGCAGGUGUACGCCACCGAGCCCACCUUGCAGAUCGGAAGGUUCUACCUGGAGGAGUUGUGCACGUGGCUGUCGGCGGCGGGGGCGGGGCUGGCGGCGCGGCGCUGGAAGGAGCUGGUGCACGUGCUGCCGGGCCCGCUGGCGCACGCGUCGCGGCCGCGCGCGUGGCGGCGGCUGUACGGGCGGGCGGCGCUGGCGCGCGCGCUGGCCCGCGUGCGCGUCGUGGGGUACGACGAGCGCGUGCCGCUGUACGGCGCGCUGGACGCCACGCCCGUCAGCUCCGGCUUCUGCCUCGGCUCCGCCAACUGGGUGCUGCGCACGCCGCACGAGAAGAUCGCGUACGUGAGCGGGUCGAGCACGCUGACGACGCACCCGCGGCCCAUCAACCAGACGGCGCUGCGCGGCGCCGACGUGCUGCUGCUGGCCGCACUGACGCAGACGCCGGCGCACAACCCCGACCACAUGCUGGGUGACCUCUGCGUGCACGCCGCCGUCACGCUGCGCGCCGCCGGCUCCGUGCUGCUGCCCGUCUACCCCUCCGGCGUGCUCUACGACCUGCUCGAGUGCCUCUCCACGCACCUGGAGGGCGCCGGGCUCGCGCACGUGCCGCUCUACGUCGUCUCGCCCGUCGCCGACUCCUCGCUCGCCUACAGCAACAUCCUGGCCGAGUGGGUCUCCGCCGGCAAGCAGGCGCGCGUGCUCGUGCCCGAGGAGCCCUUCCCGCACGCCGCCCUCGCGCGCGCCGGCCGCCUGCGACACGCGCGCGCGCUGCACGACGACGCCUUCAGCGCCGACUUCCGCCAGCCCUGCGUCGUGUUCUGCGGACAUCCCAGUCUGCGGUUCGGCGCCGCCGUGCACCUCGUCGAGCUGUGGGCCAGCAACCCCGCGCACGCCAUCAUAUUCACCGAGCCGGACUUCCCGUACAUGGACGCGCUGGCGCCCUUCCAGCCGCUGAGCAUGAAGGCCUUCCACUGCCCCAUCGACACCUCGCUGAACUACGCGCAGGCCAACAAGCUGGUGCGCGAGCUGCGGCCGCGCGAGCUGGCGCUGCCCGAGCAGUACGCGGCGGCGCCGGCGGGUCCCGGCGCGCGCGUGGAGGCGGGUGCGGACGGGUGCAUCGUGCACCUGCCGCGGCACGACACGCUGGUGCACGUGGAGCGGCACGCCACGCACGUCUUCUGCGAGGGGCGCGCCGACGUGCGCCAGGCGCUGCGCCGCGCGCUCGCCGCGUGCACACCGCACGUGUGA